AUGGAGAAACUCGUUACCACAAAUCCUGACCCGCACACAGCUGGACCGGGUAUCCCCGAAUUACACAUGGGGUUGGAAAAGGUGCCUAAGAUUCAUGGUGAGCUCAAUGCCACCAAAUCCACCGGAUUAAAUGACAUCCACCUAGCCUUAGAGAAAUACUUCACCGAGGUUCUAGGUGGCUCACUCUUCCAUCUGUACAACAAAACUCUAGAGCAGGGCAGCACACCACAAGAUUGGAAAACUGCAAAUAUGGUCGUCAUGCACAAGGGAGGACCGAGACAAAGGGUGGAGCCUUAUCGUUCGGUAAAUCUCGCAAGUAUCUUGUGUAAAGCCCUAUAG